CCGAUUCCUCCUUACGACACAUCCCCGCUCCCCGUGAAGACACACACGCCCCACUAGUCGGACGUCACGACGACACACUCAGCCUCGUGUUGGACCCCUUCGUUCCAUAGCAGAACACUCGUCUGCUACGAACGUGCUCUUCUGCAAACACUCUGCGAAUGGCAUCGUCUGCGAAUAUCCAUCGCCAUCUUGACUCCGCGGCGUUCACGAAUUCCCGCUCAGAGUGGCGUGGCUGAGAGACGGCCAGGACAGUGCGUCUGAGGACGCCACGGCAGGAUGAGACAAGUCUUCCUCUCCGUGGCCCUUUUCGGAUGCAUCGGCUUCUUCUUCUUCUCCGUCUACGCAUCGCAUUUCCUACGCCAAAGAGGGACAUCGACCACGCCUGCUCCUUCUACGGAGAGUCUCCAGAGCAGAGGAUACCUCAUUGACACGCCCGGCUGCCAGAUCCCCGCGUGGGAUCCGUUCGAUCACACCGUCGCUAGGUUCUUCCGACCGAACCAUGACUAUCAGUGCAUCGGGAAGCCCAGUUUCAUCACCGUUCUUCCGAAAGCCAUCGUACAGCUCAAUAGUAAAGUACUGUGGAAGCAUUAUGGCGUCACGCCCGACGAAAUGCACUGCACGUACAGAGGGAUUCGACGAGAUGGAGGAAGCGGCAGGGACUGGACGGACAGCCGGUACAAGUACGGUCCAGCGAAGGUGUUAUUGUUCGGAAGCCCAAUCGCGGAAGAUUUUGUGGUUAUCAAGUGUACCAGGCAGAAGAGGGAGUUCUUUCAACAGUACUUACCGUUAGUACCGUUGAGAGGAUCAAAAAAGGUUGAGGCUGCUUCGUGUCAGAACAAGACCCGGAUGAACGUGCUCAUGGUGGGUAUAGAUUCCAUAUCGUACCUCAACUUCGAGCGCCAUUUUCAAAAGACUAAAUCAUUCUUGAGGAAUACUCUCAAAGCCGUACAACUUCACGGUUACACCAAAGUAGCCGACAAUACGUUUCCGAACAUCGUACCCUUGCUAACUGGACAUCACAUAGCUUACUACUGGAACGAGACUAUGAGGGACAUGGCCUUUGACAGGCUCGACUUCGUCUGGAAGGAGUUCGCUACCUGUGGCUACAAGACUUUCUUUGCCGAAGAUGCUCCGAGCAUGGCCACGUUCAACUAUCUGAAACGAGGCUUUCGCAAGGCGCCUGCUGACUGUUAUAUGCGACCCUUCUGGCUUGCUGCUCAAGAAUCCAUCGUCUGGCGCAAGAGCAGAAAGCACUGCCUCGGAGCUAGAAUGGAAGUCGACAUCAUGUAUGACUACUUAGCCGACUUCGCAGACACAUACAAUCCAACCAACCCUUUCUUCGCGUUCUUAUUCGUCGCGCGUCUGACACAUGACGUGCUCAAUUAUGCUGGCUACGCGGAUGGUCCGACGUACCGCCUGCUACACAGACUCCACAAUAGUGGUGCCCUCAGGAACACACUACUCAUUGUGUUCAGCGACCACGGAAUUCGUUUCGGAAGCAUUCGUCAGACGUACAUCGGAAAGUUCGAAGAACGCAUGCCGAUGAUGUUCUUGGCGUUUCCGGAGGAAUUCUUCAACAAGUAUCCAGAAGCACAGAAGAGGCUGAGAGUCAACGCUCGCAGGCUAACAACGCCGUUUGAUGUACAUGCUACACUGCAGCAUAUUGCGAGCUUCAAUAUUGAGCAACCACAUCGUACAGAGCUUGGUUAUAGCUUGAUACAAGAAAUUCCAUCUAACAGGACGUGUCCAGAAGCUUCCAUCCUACCUCACUGGUGCACGUGUCAGAACAGGACUUCAGCUCCCACUUCUGAUCCGGGCGUUGAGAACGCCUCCAGGGUGGUGACUGAAACGGUGAACCACUGGCUCGAGCCGUACCAGGAUCGUUGUGCGAAGCUCUCCGUACAUAGCAUCAAGGAUGCUUGGGUGUCCGUGCCAAACGAAGCUGUGCUGCGUUUUAUACGUAACCAUAAUGACGUUAUCAAUAGGUACGCUGAGAUGGGCAAGCGUGUGCCUGCUGCAGUUGACUAUAUGGUAACCUUGGUAGCUAAGCCUAGCAUGGCAGUUCUAGAAGCCACAGUUCGCUACCAUGAAAUGAAGAUGGAGUACGAGGUGCUGGACGAUGUUAGUCGCCUAGACAGGUAUGGAAGUCAAGGAGACUGCAUUACAGAUGCAGGUAUGAGAAGGUUCUGUUUCUGUGUCCUGCCACAUGAGCCAGCGACUGAGGCUCCGUAGUAGUUUUCGGAGUGUGUUGACGUGUCCGGCGAUUCCGUCCAAGUGUGAUGACGUGUAACCGAGGUAAAGCAAUGGGAACGCACUAAUGUAACCGGUGGCAAGAUUUAUCAUCUAAGGAUGGUUUAAGUGUAUUUCUGAUGUGCAUUAGCUUAGAUACCUCACAGGGUGUUCAAAGACAUCAAAAACAUAUCAGGUUUUGCGCCUUUCUUGGAGAUACCACGAAGAUUUUAAGAAUGACUAUCAAAAGCCAAAGACGGCUCUGGGGCGACCCCUAUAGGGCUUGGCUUUUGAUGACGUCUGUACCUUCUCAAUGUUUUUUUUUUCUCUCUCUCUCUUGUUGUUACCAAUCACGGAACCAUUUCUGUUCUGUUUCAAUGUGACGUCAUCGCCGUUUUAACCAAUAGCUGACCACGUGAUACAUUUCUGUGUUACAUUUCGCUAUAUUGGCAUGCUCAAGGAACGUCGACAUAUCUACUGUCUGUCUAUUUUACGUACUGUUCGUUAUGCGUUUAUUGUGAUAUAUCGCACUCCAUAGCGUGGCAGAUGUUUGCGUUGCAAGUGCAGAAUAGAAUCGCUGGGUUCUGUAAACCGAAGAAAACCAUGUGACUAGGAAGGGUAUAAGUACACUUCACUGUCAAGCACCCGCGCCAGACUUCAGCCAGCGGUGCUCCGUGCAUAUCGGAUAUACGUGUAUGUUUGCGUAUAUAUAUGUUAAAUGAAAAAUCUGUUCAUUGACUGUUCUUAUUGUUACCAUGACAAUUCAUUGUUUGUUACUCAUACGUUACGCCACCCUGUAUGCACAUCUGCAUUUUGAUUUCAGUAUUUAUUAUGUUAAUUAUGGCCUUAUUUGUGAACACUACACCACGAAGCUGAUCAAAUUUGGAUAAUCAUAAAUGGUUUAGCGAAA